AUGACAUCUUCGAGCGCAUCGCCGGCGAAGCUUCCCGCCUGGCUCAUUACAACAAGCGCUCCACCAUCACCUCCCGGGAGAUCCAGACCGCCGCCGUCCGCCUCCUCCUGCCGGAGAGCUGGCCAAGCACGCCGUCUCCGAGGGCACCAAGGCCGUCACCAAGUACACCAGCGCCAAGUAAUCCCCCCGCCCCCCGGGGCCCCAUCAUCCCAACAAGGACACAAAGGCUCUUCUAAGAGCCGCCCACCAUUCCAAUCACUGAGCUGUCAUCACAUUGUAUUGCCGCUAGAGGUCCCCCACACGUCACACUUACACUGGGUUUCUAGAUUUGUUCUCGCUAUCAGAAUACCAGCCAGCCUUCUAGAUCCCAUUUAUUGUGGAAUUCCUGAUUGUUCCAUUUGGAGGAUUUCAUUUUGUCUUCUAGUGGAUCCAGAAACAACCCGCAUUGUAGAUCCCCGGACAGAAGGCAGAGAUUUGUCCCCAUUAGCUAUCAGCGUUCCGUUCUUUCACAAAUGUUCGUGA